AUGGAUUUAUUGGACACACAAAUCGAGACAAUAUUUAAUGGUCAGCCCUUGUCUCAAGACAUACCAUUUGUUUGCGAUUUUGAAGCCUAUGACUCCAUCAGUAAAUCCGUGUUUGCUGUGAUUUUCAAUGACAAGAAUGUGCUUAUGAUUCAAGAGGCACAUCGCAAAUGUCGAGGUCAGUGGGCACUGCCAGCAGGAAAGGUAGAUCCGAAUGAGCAGAUAAUAGACGCUAUUCGGAGGGAAGUGCUCGAAGAGUCUGGUCUGGAGAUUGUAGCAACAGAUUUAGUGAUGAUAGAGACCGCUCCUAAAUUCAUAUAUUCCGGGCGUGUCAUCGGUGGUCAACUAAAGAGUGUUGAGGACAGGGAGUCAAUUCAGGCCAAGUGGUGGUCUGAAAGUGACAUCAGUUCACUGAAUCUACGAUAUAAUGACACAAUCGAUAUCAUAAAUGUUGUCCGCAAUUAUAACAGAUCUGUGGCAGCGAUUCCGUAUCAUAUCUCACGAUUCACUGCCAUUUGGGCUCAUAAUAGGAUGUUAUUAAGAGUGGUAUUCACUGCCAAAAGAGAUCAAAAUAACAGUCACUACAUAGUGAUCUCAAAGCCACCAUCCCCUCAUCUACCUGAAAUUUUUAUCAAUCAAUACCCGGCUGACUCACUACUGGGUGUGCUAUCUGUGGAGCACAACGGAGUUCCCGAACACUCUCACGACGGCCUCUGUAUCACUGUCUUAGCCAGGAGUCGGGUGCCAUAUGAAGGUGUGGGCAGAAUAUGUGGUGAUUAUGAAUGGAUGCAAAUGAGUCCAUCACUGGAAGCGCUGCUCACCCGCUAUCUCGACAGUCCUAACACAGAGUUAAUUCAAUGGAGACCUAAGGACUGGAAUAUAAGACGUUAAGAGACAGACUAAUAGGACUUCCUGAAAUGGACAGACAUGGAUAACCUUUUCACGCA